AUGUCGGACUCUUGGAACAAGCAGUAUCAUUGGAGGACGAAGGGAACCACGGCUUGGGCAAAGAGCUAUUUCAACGCUCAUUUGGUAGGCCUGGAAGCUCAAUUGGCUGGUGGUAGCGUCAAGACCACCGAGAUCAAGGAUUGGGAGGGUGGUGAGUGCAAAAGUUUUUCUUUGCUCCGCACUCGGCUUCACUUGCAUCGCUCUGGAGGUCCGAUCGAGCCAGCUGACUCCUGACUUGCGCAUGUCACACCCACAAACGUGCCACAGAUGUGGAGCUGGGUAAUAGAAAGAACAAGUUGAUCACCAUCUACGACUGCUCUUUCGCUCUUGCUUGGAGCGGUCAAGCAUCCGAUGGGUCUGAGGCAGCCGGCGUGAUCAGGUGGCCGGAAGUAAGCCACGAGAUCGAAGACAAUGAUGAGGAGUACAGGGUAAGUGCUUCCUCCCCUUCCGAGCCGGUCGCUCGGAUUCGCUUCAAAACAAUCAAGACCUUGCGGCAAGCGAUACACGGAGGUUUCUGUCCACUUGCGACGUGAACCUCUGCUGACAUGCUACAUCGCUUCUGACGCAGUUCGAGACGGAGCUCACGACAGGUGGUAACAGCGUCUCCUCACUCUACUCUGAACUUCGUUCCAAAUUCGCUCCGACUUUGAUUCCCGUUUUCAAGUCCUUUAGACCCACACUAGUAGCUACGCACGCAGGCGAUCUGGGCCACGAACAGGAGGCGGAGAACGCCAAAAAGAACGCCAAGCCGAUUCCGGAUGGGGCGCCCGUGAUUGGGGCUGCAGAGGAGAAGAAGGCCAGCGAUGAGAGUGCAGAGAGGGAAAAGAAGGAGAAGGAGGAUAAGGUGAGCACUGGCUCGCGUGGCUAUGCGCCAAGGGCCAGCAGCUCCGCGAAGUGGCAGGGAAGCGUGGCGCCUUUUGUACCGCCCGCAUCGCAACUUGUCCUCGAACCUGACUGACUCGAUGUGUUCCACACGACCACGGAUAUUUUCAGGAAAAGGCCGGCAUUCCCCUCUUGCCUCCCGGCUUUGGAAGUAUCUGA